ACCAGUUUCAUAAAACAACUAGCAAUGGGUAUUAAAGGGUUGAACAACCUUCUUAAGGAGAAUGCUCCGCUGGCGUCUAAAUCUAACGAGAUUAAGACGUUCUUUGGUCGGAAAGUUGCCAUUGACGCGUCCAUGUGUUUGUAUCAGUUUCUGAUCGCUGUUAGACAACAGGACGGUCAGCAAUUGACCAAUGAUGAUGGUGAGACAACGUCUCAUCUGAUGGGAAUGUUCUAUCGAACUUUGAGAAUGAUUGACAACUCUAUCAAACCUUGUUAUGUGUUUGACGGAAAGCCACCUGUGCUGAAAGGUGGAGAGCUGGAGAAACGUCUUGCGAGAAGGGAACAGGCUACUAAGAAUAUCGAAGCCCUCAAGGAAUCCGGGACUGCUGAAGAGUUGGCCAAGUUUGAAAGAAGAACAGUGAAAGUUACCAGGGAGCAGAAUGAAGAGGCUAAGAAGCUUCUGGACCUUAUGGGUAUUCCAUACGUUAAUGCGCCUUGUGAAGCUGAGGCACAAUGUGCUGAAUUGGCAAAAGGUGGUAAAGUAUACGCCGCUGCAUCUGAAGAUAUGGACACGUUGUGCUAUAAGACACCGUUCCUGUUACGCCAUUUGACAUUCUCAGAACAGAGAAAAGAGCCGAUCCAAGAGAUCGACGUUGCCAAAGUUCUGGAGGCCUUGGAAAUGGACCAAAAACAAUUCGUGGAUCUAUGUAUCUUACUCGGAUGUGACUACUGUGAAAGCAUCAGAGGUGUUGGCCCUGUCAGCGCUUUAAAACUCAUCAAAGAGUACGGAACCAUCGAAGGUGUACUUGAGUUCAUCAAGAGCAAUCCUGAUUCCAAAUACAAAAUUCCCGAAGACUGGCCAUAUGAAGGAGCAAGAGAGUUGUUUUUGAACCCAGAUGUCAUCCCAGCGAAGGACGUUGAGUUGAAAUGGAGAGAACCAGAUGAGGCAGGUCUCUUAAAGUUUAUGGUGGAAGAAAAGGGCUUCUCUGAGGAGAGAAUCAAAAGCGGUAUCGAAAGAUUGAAGAAAGGUUUGAAGACCACAUCACAAGGAAGAUUAGAUGGGUUCUUUAAGGUUAGACCAAAAACGCCUGAGGAGCUCGCCAAGGCAAAGAAGAAGAGACAGGCAGAGGAAGCUGCUAAGAAGAAGGGAAAGAAGCUCAAAAAGAAGUAAAUAGUAUUGUAAUGAUAUAUUGAAUGCGGUUU